AUGCGGUCGUUCUUUAGAGCGCCGCUGGCCUUGCUGGCCAUGACGGCUUCACUGCUGGCGCCGGCCGACGCGGAAAAGAUGCUCUUGUCCAACUCGCUCAACCUCUGCCAGCAGGAUUCGACUCUACAGGCCAGUCUGUUCAAUGUCGUCUACACGCCCGCCAACAACUCGGCUAGCAUCAACAUGGUGGCCACCUCUUCGGUCCAGGGCAAAGUUUCGUUCGACAUUGAGGCGUCUGCGUACGGCUACACUUUUCUCAGGCAGACUGUUGACCCUUGCGACAUUGGCCUGCGAGGUCUCUGCCCCAUGGUGUCUGGCAAAAUCGCCUUUGGCUUUAAUUUGCCCGUCAGCGCAUCCGCCUCUUCUCAAAUCCCCGGCAUCGCCUACCAGAUUCCCGACUUGGAUGCCACCGUCAAGGUUCGCGUCAACCUGACAACCACUGGCGAGAGUGUUGCGUGUGUCGAGGCCGACAUUUCCAAUGGAAAAACCGUCAACCUCGUUGGUGUUAAGUGGGCCACUGCUGUUAUCGCCGGCCUGGCCCUCGUCUCAUCCGCCAUCAUCAACGGUCUGGGUCAUUCCAACACCGCCGCCCACGUUGCUGCCAAUUCUCUCUCGCUAUUCGGAUACUUCCAGGCCCAGGCCAUCAUUGGUCUCACUGGUAUCCGCCUCCCGCCUAUCGUGCAAGCCUGGACCCAAGAUUUCCAAUGGUCCAUGGGCAUCAUCCGUGUGGGCUUUAUGCAGACCAUCUUCACCUGGUACCAGCGCGCCACUGGCGGUACGCCUUCCACCAUCUUCGACUCUCUCACUACCGUCUCUGUUCAGCUGGAAAAGCGAGGCCUUCAGGUCGCACAGGCCGGUCUCGGCGUCCUCAAGCGCGGCGCCGCCAUCAUGCCCAAGCCUGCCGUCCAGCUUCUGAAGCGCGGCAACGUCAUGACUGGUUCCGGAAGCUAUGUCGUCUUUGGCAUCCAGCGUGUCGCUUUCAAGGCCGGUAUCGAGAGCACCAACCUGUUCAUGACUGGCCUCGUCUUCUUCUGGAUCUUCGCCCUCAUCAUCGCUGGCGCUGUUGCUGUUUUCAAGGGCUUCCUCGAGAUUCUCGCUCAGCGAGGCAUCAUGAAGAACGACCGGUUCAUUGACUUCCGAAACGGAUGGAUCACUGUCCUCAAGGGUGUCCUCUUCCGCGUCUGUCUGAUUGGCUUCCCCCAGAUGACUAUCCUUUGUCUGUGGGAGUUCACUCAGCGUGACUCGGCCGCCGAAGUUAUCCUCGCCGUCUUCUUCUUCUUCGGCCCGCUCUUCACCCUCGCCUGGGGCGCCAGCAAGGUUAUCCGCAUUGCCCGCCGCUCAAUCUCCAUGCACCGCAAUCCCGCGUACAUUUUGUUCUCGGACCCGCAGGCUCUCAACAAGUGGGGAUUUCUUUACGUCCAGUUCCGCGCCUCAGCUUACUACUUCAUCAUCCCGAUUCUCUUUUACACGCUCAUCAAGUCCAUGUUUAUUGCGCUGGCUCAGCGCAGCGGUGUCACCCAAGCCAUCGCCCUCAUCAUCAUCGAGGUCGGCUUCCUUAUCGCAGCCUCCGUUCUUCGUCCUUGGAUGGAUAAGAGCACUAAUUCCUUCAACAUUGCCAUCGGUGUUAUUAAUUUCCUCAACGCCAUCUUCCUCUUCAUCUUCACCAAUGUGUUGGAUACCCCCUUGAUCGUCAUCGGCGUCGUCGGCGUCGUCCUCUUCAUCUUGAACGCCGCCUUCUCCUUGAUCUUGCUCUUCAUGGUCAUUUUCUCCACCGCAUUCUCUCUGAUCCGCAAGAACCCGGAUGCGCGAUACCAGUUCAUGUCUGACGACCGCGCUUCCUUCAUGAAGUCGCAGUCGCAGCUCAACGCAACCACCGAGCUUGACGCUCUGGCUGCCACAGCUCGAGGUGACAAGGCUGGCUACAAGGGCGGUUUUGAUCUGGAUGACAACGAGUCCAUGUCCUCUGGCGACGUUCGAAAGCACAACGAGGCUUCUGGCUCUUACAGCGUCUCUGCUACAAACUCCCAAAACUCGUUCUAUCCUAACGGUCAGGGCCAGGCCGCUGCCAUUCCUCUUUACCCUGCUCAGCGAGGCCCGAGCCCUCUGCGAGAGAGCACGCCGAAUCCGAUCGCCUCCGCCGUCUCCCUGUCACAGCAAAGGACGGUAAACACGGCCAGUCCAGCAAGCGGACAUCGGUCGCAACACAACGCUAGGUAA